GGAUUGCUGUGAUGAAGUUCAAGAACCCCCCAGUGAACAGCCUCAGCCUAGAGUUGCUGACGGAGCUCGUCAUCAGUCUGGAGAAACUGGAGAACGACAAGACCUUCCGAGGCGUCAUCUUAACUUCGGACAGCCCCGGGGUCUUCUCAGCUGGCCUGGACCUGAGGGAAAUGUGUGGGAGGAACCCAGCGCACUAUGCUGAGUACUGGAAGGCUGUGCAGGAGCUGUGGUUGCGGCUCUACCUGUCCAAUAUGGUGCUGAUUGCCGCCAUCAAUGGAGCCAGCCCUGCUGGAGGCUGCCUGAUCUCCCUUAGCUGUGACUACCGGGUCCUGGCUGACAAUCCCAGAUAUGCCAUUGGGCUGAAUGAGACCCUGCUGGGCAUCGUCGCCCCUUUCUGGUUCAAAGAUACGCUUGUGAACACCAUUGGGCACCGUGCCGCAGAGCGUGCUCUGCAGCUGGGGUUGCUCUUCCCGCCAGCAGAGGCCCUCCAGGUCGGCAUAGUGGACAAGGUGGUGCCUGAGGACCAGGUGCAGAGCACAGCACUCUCAGUGAUGGGCAAGUGGCUGGCCAUUCCAGAUCACGCUCGACAGCUGACCAAGAACAUGAUGCGAAAGCCCACAGUAGACCGCUUGGUGAAACAGCGCGAUGCUGAUAUCAAGAACUUUGUCAGUUUUGUCUCCAGAGACGCCAUUCAGAAGUCCUUGCAAAUUUACUUAGAAAAGCUCAAACAAAGGAAAGGCUAACGGCUGGGCUGCCCACACAGGUUUUAGGCUUAUGCACCCUUCCAGGGGCACUCUGGUCCCAAGGGGGUUUAAACAAGGUAUUUUCCAAUUUAAAAAUCCUUUCAGCUCU